UUGCCUCUCAGCACCAUGGCUUGCAACUGCCUACCCAACCUGAGCUGCCGCACCAGCUGCGCCUCCCGGCCUUGCAUUCCUCACAGCUGCCACAGCUGCACCCUGCCCGGUGCCUGCAACAUCCCCGCCAAUGUGGGCAACUGCAACUGGUUCUGCGAGGGCUCCUUCAAUGGCAGCGAGAAGGAGACCAUGCAGUUCUUGAACGACCGCCUGGCCAGCUACCUGGAGAAGGUGCGUCAGCUGGAGCGAGAGAAUGCAGAGCUGGAGAGCCGCAUCCAGGAGAGGAACCAGCAGCAGGACCCACUGGUGUGUCCCGCUUACCAGUCCUACUUCCGGACCAUUGAGGAGCUCCAGCAGAAGAUUCUAUGUGCCAAGUCUGAGAAUUCCAGGCUGCUGGUGCAGGUUGACAAUGCCAAGCUGGCCUCUGAUGACUUCAGGACCAAGUGUCAGUACGAGGCCCUGGUGGAGACCAACCGCAGGGAGGUGGAGGAAUGGUUCACCACACAGACUGAGGAGCUGAACAAGCAGGUGGUGUCCAGCUCAGAGCAGCUGCAGUCCUACCAGGCAGAGAUCAUCGAGCUGAGACGCACAGUCAACUCCCUGGAGAUUGAGCUGCAGGCCCAGCACAACCUGAGGAACUCUCUGGAGAACACGCUGACAGAGAGUGAGGCCCGCUACAGCUCCCAGCUGUCCCAGGUGCAGUGUCUGAUCACCAACGUGGAGUCUCAGCUGUCUGAGAUCAGGUCUGACCUGGAGCGCCAGAACCAGGAGUACCAGGUGCUGCUGGAUGUCAGGUCACGGCUGGAGUGUGAGAUCAACACCUACCGGGGCCUGCUGGAGAGCGAGGACUGCAAACUCCCCUGCAACCCAUGUGCUACCACCAAUGCCAGUGGUAAUUCCUGCGGUAGCUGUCAAAAGCGUUGCUGUUAA